GCAGUGGCUAGCAAUCGUUUCAAGAGAAUCGAGCAACAUAAGUUUGUUUAUAUAUUUUUUUAUGCAUUGUUAACUUAUCGACAGCGUUAAUGUUUUAAAAUGUGACAAAAUUGUAAUUCGACCAGUUAGUUAUUUGUGAUUUCGCUUUAAAAGGAAUAAUAUGGAUCACGGUCAUGGUAUGGAUCACGGUCAUGGUAAUAUGGACGAAUUAAAUUUAAGUAAUAUGGAACUCGACAACGAAACCCUGACUGACACUAUAGCUGAGUACAUUCCAGAAGAUUCGAGCACCAUACAGGUCUAUCUCACCGUACUAUUCAUAACAUCGAUACUGUCACUAAUCUCGAAUGGGAUCAUAUCGCUGGUAAUAUUAAACUUCAAAAGACUGAGAGUAAAAACAUCAAACAAAAUCAUACUGCAUUGGACCAUUGUGACAGCGGUAUACCUGAUCAUUGAGCCGAGCACCAUAAGGCUGGGCUUGGACUGGGUGGAAACUGGAGUACCGCAAACCACUUUUCGCAUCAUCGAGGAGGUUGAAAAUGCUUUGAUAUUGCUGACUAUAUUUUUUGUUAUUCUCUUGACAAAGUAUUGGUAUUACGAUUAUUACAACAAGGAGAGACUUGAAAAACUCGAGAAGAAUUUCAAUUACAUUUUAUGCUAUAUUUAUGGGGUAACCGGGUUUUUCUUGGUGGUAUUUAUAGAAAGCUGUUUUAGUAGAAGAACCGCGGAAGGGUUAUCGAACGUUAUUACAGUCUUCAUGUUUAUGUUCUUUAUAAUAUUUAUGUUGAUUAUCAACAUCAUUCACCAGCUGAAAAAGAGGAUUAUAUACACUUCAAACAAUACGCAACCGAAGACGUCUUCGAGUUUCAUCCUCGCUAACGUAUUUUUUGUAUCCUACGUCCCAAUAUUGAUUGGGGCCAUAAUGGUGUCGAUAUACGAAACGUCGGACGUUGUGUUGUUUAUUUUUGGACUGAUAAGCUCAUGCAACUCGAUCUACAAUCUAUUUAUUCUGUACAACUACGACGGGGAUUUUAAUCUUUUCUCCAAGCAUAUCCUAAAGUGCAAGGCUGAUAAUUAUCCCGAAGAAUUUCAGCCCGAACUGGAUGACGUUAGGGUCAGAUACUAGGUUGUGAUAAAUUAGGUUGUUUAGUUUAAGGAAGUAUUGUAAGACCAAAGAGUGUGAUUCAUUAGCCGGCUGAAAUUUAAUUUAAGUUUGUUAAAUCGUUUUUUGCCUACUUUUUAAGGGAUUGUUACCUUAUACAAUAGUUCUACAGUUGUAGGUAUGUUGACUUUAUUUAGAAAUUGAAUUGUUUGACUUUAUUAAUUUACUUUAAUAUGCCUUCUACAAGAGUUUAUAAAUUAAAAAAAUUACGUUGUAUAAAAUAAUUUAAGUUAA